AUGACGGCCCACAGUCAGCAUCCACUGGUAUCAUACCAACCGCUGAGAUCAUUUUUCCAGCUGUCAUACGCCAUUCUCGUUAUCCUGCGGCUGCCAUACUAUGCCACCAUUUCCUUGAUACCUUCCUUAAGGCCGAUUCGGACAUGGACCGCCAAGCAAACAUUCAUGUCCCGCCUUGUCUACCCACUUCUGGAUGCCACUUCUCGUGUGGGAAUUACAGAGAAACUCUCACUGAAACCAGGGAAAGAGGGUGAGAGAUUUCAGACAGUCCCAGUGCCCUCCUCUGAUCUCUUUAAGGGACCGCUGGCGUCUGAGACUAUCAAACCCCAGGAGGUUGGCGGCACCUGGUUCCCGAACGCUCCUGGUAAAGAUAUAGCUUCGAAGACCGUUGUCCUCUACUUUCAUGGAGGGGCUUUUAUUCAAGGUGACGGCCGAACAGUGCAGUGUGGAUCUAUUGCAAAGAAGUUUCUGGAUACCGGUGCUGCAGAUGCUGUGUUCUCUCUACAGUACCGCCUGAGUGGAUACAAUGGGGUCAAUCCCUUCCCUGCCGCACUGCAAGACGCGCUAUCGAGCUAUGUCUUUCUCCUAAAUACACUCAAUAUCCCGUCCAGCCAAAUCCUCAUCGCUGGGGACAGUUCUGGCGGCAACCUUGCUACGGCCCUGUUGCGGUAUUUACACGAAUUUGGAUCUGCGAUCAACACGCCUACUCCCAAGUGCGCUGUCUUACUUUCGCCCUGGGUCGAACCCUUCUAUUACGAUUCCAGAGGGAACCCGAAUCGGAACACCGACUUCACGCCAGGGACAUUUGGAGCCUGGGGGGCACAUUCGUAUGCGGGUAAAUUGCCAAGGACUGAUCCAUACAUCACUCCGUUGGGCAAUCCCUUCCCCACACCUGUUCCCAUGUUCGUAAAUGCUGGAACAGCAGAAUUGUUUUACGAACGAAUAACGAAAUGGGCCUCAGAGAUGCGUGAAGCCGGAAGUGUUGUGGAAUUGCAUAUAGAGGAAAACGCAGUUCACGAUACAUUCUUGGUUGGCGAUAUCAUAGGUUUCGCAGACAGUGCUUGGGGUGUUGCGACUAAGAUGGCAGAAUUUGUGAAAAGGCUCUAG